AUGGGUACACAAGAUGUUGAGCUUGGGAUUUCUCGCGAUGGCUAUCCUGCUCUUGCGAGCUGGAUCGCAGAUGAUCCCGACCAAUCAACGUUCAUCUUCCGCAAAUUCAGUCGACUAAGUGCUCGGAAUCUCCUAUAUCUCCAGGCGCAGGUUUAUGAACUUGAAAAGGAGCUGGAUGACUUGGACAAUGAAACAGCUACAGGCCAGGAUGUUAUACUAAAAAUGUCUGUCAGGCGAUGGGAGACGUUCAACGAGCAUGCCAAAAAACCAGGUCCAGUGCAAAGGCGAAUGGAGGUCACUGCUCAGAUAGCUAUUAAACUAAAGGAAUAUCAUGAAGCUCUAAUUCUUCAGUCCAACAUAGCCGCACUAGAGAGCCCAGACGAGAGACUUCUGAGGAUCUUUCGAAGGUGGUUUCGACAAGAAAAGCAGGGUAGUGGAAAUUCUGUCAUCGAUGGAAAGGUCAGGAAAAUGCUCGACGACAACAUUGAUCUAUUAGCACUAAGGACGGACCCCGAGGAGGACAUGUUGUCAUGGUAUUUACGGAGCUACUGGCCGCUUGAGGGAGACUCAAGGCCAGGUAUUGAUGACGGUACUAGAUAUUACCGUCUCCGUCAUGUUUCCCAGGCCGUCGCCGUGAUUAGCACUAUCAUUGCUCUCAUUGAUCUCGUGGGCGCCAUCGUCAGCUUAUAUUACACCAAGAAUCCUCAGGCCCGCUUAGGGAUGAUCGCUGGAUUCACUGUUCUAUUUGGCUUGAGCCUCCGUUUUGCCUCGAAUGCAAAGAGGGCUGAAAUCUUCGGGGCAUGUGCUGCGUAUGCGGCAGUUCUGGUCGUAUUUGUUUCUGGAGACCUUGGGGGCUCAUCCUCCAGUUAA